GAGAUUAAAAAAAAAUUUAAUGGCGUCGUACUUUGUGUUAAAAUAACAACAACGCUCUAAUAAUACUCGUGAAAAUAUAUUAAUAAUAAUUAAUGACUUAAAACAUUAAAUAAAAAUUCAAAAUGCUUGUUGUAUUUAUCCAAUUUUUUUAUUUAUUUGGAAAAUACAUUUACAAUAAACACGCAAUUGCUAAUUAUUUUUUAAAAUCAAAAAAAUUAACCUCCAAUUCCGAGGAAUCAUCAAGUAAUAAAACUAAUUUUGAAUCAAUUCAAAUGACACCAGAUGAUUAUGAAAAUGAGAAUAUUUAUUCAUCAAAGAGUAAUAUUCGUUUUUCACCACCUGCAUAUAUUCAACGUUACACUGCUGUUUGCGAUGUCAUCUCUGACACAAAAUACAAUGGAAAAAUACAAAAAGUAGUUGAUUUUGGUUGUUCAGAGCUUGGUUUUUUAAAUUAUCUCAAAAAUACUCGAGGCAUUGAAGAGAUUUUGUGUGUUGAUGUUGACAGAGACAUCCUGGACAUGCAUAAAUAUAAAAUUCGUCCAUUAACUGCUGAUUAUUUACACUGCCGAAAAACACCAUUGAGUAUUAAAAUUCUUGAAGGAAGUAUUACUGAUCCUGAUGAAGUAUUACUCAAUACUGAUGCUGUAAUUUGUAUUGAGCUAAUUGAACAUCUCUAUCCAGAUACACUUGCAAAUUUACCAGCAAAUAUAUUUGGAUUUAUCAAACCUCAAGUUGCCAUAAUAACAACACCAAAUGCUGAAUUUAAUGUUUUAUUUGGUCGAAUGGAAGGUUUUAGACACUGGGAUCAUAAAUUUGAAUGGACAAGAAAAGAAUUUGAAGAUUGGGCAAAUAAUAUUAUUAAAAAAUAUCCAGAAUAUGAAGUGACAUUUGAUGGAAUUGGUGCUGGUCCAUCUGGUAGUGAACAUCUUGGUAAAUGUUCACAAAUGGCAAUAUUUAAUCGUACAAAAUUACCAAUUUAUCAAUCACCUGGUAUUAAAGAUAUUUAUAAAGUUGUUGCAUAUGAAAAUUAUCCAGUAUUAGUUGAUAAUCGUCCAGAUGAAGUAAAAAUAUUUCAAGAAGCAGAAUAUUAUAUUCGUCAGUAUAGUAUUAAUACUGAUCAAGAAGAAAUGUCACUUGAAAUACUUGCUAAUCGUAUUACAGAUAUUCAAGUAACAAUUGAAACACUUAAAGAUGUUUUAGAAAAUUCUGGAAUGACUAUUACAAAUCAUGAAGAAAAAGGAUUGUGUGUUGUUUGUCCUGCAUUAUCAACAUUUUCAUCUUAUCACAGUGAAAAUUUGUAUGAUGAUGGUAAUAAUUUUGAUGAUAAUCAUGAUGAUUGGGGUGAUGAACCAGGUCCACCAAUCAAUUAUCAAUGGCCUGAAAUACAUGAUCAAGAUAAUGAAAAUUGGGAAAUGGAUUAUGAAGAUUAUUCAUCACAAAUUAAUAAUAGUUUUGAUCAUGUAUCAUCACCAUCAUCAAUUUCAAUUGCUAAUAUAAAUGCUACUGUUGAUGAUGAUAAUAGUUUUGAUAAUGUAUCAUCGCCUUCAUCAAUUUCAAUUGCUCGUGAUAAUGUUGCUGAUUUUAUUGUUAAUGAUGAUAAUAAUGGUUAUGAAUUAAAUAAUAAUUUAAAUAACUCUUCACUUGAUGUUAAUAUUGAUGGAAUUGAUUUUCGUUUGGUUCAAACUUUUGAUGAAUCAAAUAUACCAUCUAUGGAUUUUUCAUUAGAAAUUUCAUCGUGUCUUGAUGGUUCAGCAGACUCAAAACAUGUUGAAAAUAUUCAAGAAAGAGAUGAAUUACCAGUGUCAAGUACAUUAAAUAAUUAUCAAGAUGAUAAAGAACAUGAUAAUUCUGAUAUAAUAUCAAAAUCAGCACAACUUGAUGAAACAAAUGAUUCAAUUGAUUUAAAUUUAUCUCAUGAAAUUAUUUCUGAUGAAUUUCGUUGUAGAGAUUUAAAAAGUAUGUGCAGUAUGUACUUAGAAUCUUCAAGUUUUAAUAAUUCACAAAUUUGUCCUGAUGAUUUGACAAAUCCAGAUUUUGAAUGUUCAAAAUUAUUGAAUGAUUCAAUUACUGCUUCUGAUGUUAGUCAGCUUGAUGAUAAUGAUAUAUUAACAUCAAGUUGUAAUGUACCAAAAGAAACAAGCACACCACAUAAUAAAUCAGAUACUUCUGAAAAAGUUGAACGAAAUAUGUUAGUAUCUGAAUCAGACAUUUCAAAUGAUUUUUAUUCGUGUGAUAAUUCAACAGAUAGUGAUGUUGCUUGUCAAACAAGUAAAAAAUUAUCAUCAAGACGUAUCUUAUUAAGUCAAGAGUCAAGAAAAUCUUCAAAUAAUACAAGUGUGUCAAUUGAUAGUCUUGAUGAAUUUAUGUUAUCCAUGAAUAGUGUUUUUGAUCAGUCAAAUGAAAAAUAUGAAGCUUCAAAAUUGAAAUUAACUAUUGAUAAAUCUCAAGAUUAUGAAAAGCCUGUUGACAAUGAGAAAGUAAGAAUGAGUCCACCAAGUAGUUGGUCAUCAGGUAUAAUUGAUUCUGGAUAUCCAACAAGUUCAUCAGCUCAAGAUAUGACACCUGAAAAUGAUUUGCCAAGCAUUGCUCAUGAUGCAGAAUCAUCAAGUGUCGAUAAUCCUCAAUCGUUGAUGAUUGAAGUAACUGAAAAUACUAAUGUUGCUAAUGAUAGUUGUGAUUAUCAAGGCAACAAUAUGAUUGCUGAACAAGAUAAUAAUGAAACUAAAAAUAUACAAUCAUUUAAAAAAUUUAAAAAAGAUAUUCAUGAUGAAACUGAUGGUGAUGAUGGUAAGAGUCAAGUAGUGAUUAAGGGAAAUUCAUUUGCCAGUGAGAUUUAAUUUAAAAUACUUAAUAAUAAUUACUUAAACAAGCUGCAGUCACAAAUAAUCAAAAAACAAUUUAGGCUUGUAUAUAUUGUACUCUUAAUUUGUUAUUAUUUAUUAAUAAUAAUUUAUUGUAAUUAUUAUUAUUACUUAUUUAAUUAUUAUUAAUUUUUCUUUAAUGACAAAAUCAAAUCUUCCAAAGAUAAUUUAAGUUAGUUGAAAAAAAGAAA